CACAAUGGGCUCGGCCCAUUCAGAUAAUUGGGCUGUACAACCUUGCAUGUUGAGCUGCCGUGUGGUCCGUCGCGGCCUCUUCUUCGCCGCCGCCCGCUGGUUGGGUCGUGCUUCAUUUCCCUUCCGGCCUUCCCUGCUUCUGCUGCAUAGUAUAUUGCUAGUUGGCGCGCCGGCGCAGGUGAGAUGCCAAGCGCGGGGAAAAGUGGCGGGGGAAAAAAGACUUUCGCCAGUUCCAUCGCUCUCCGUUGCAGCCUCGUCUCUUCCGCCGCCGCCAAGGUAUGGGUCAAGAUUGUGAUGGCCCCCCUGACUGCGUCGGUGAAGAAGAUGAGGGAACGGGGAAUGGCAUGGAAGAUGUGGUUGACAAUGUGAAGAAUGAAUUAGUUGAACAAGAAGAGAGCACUGGCAGCAUCCCUAGCCCGCUGUUCUGCACAACAAGGCCGAAUAAAAGGCUUCGGUCAAAGGUGUGGGAUGACUUCAUACCCACCUUCGUCAACGGGAAGGUCGUGCGGGCUGAAUGCAUGAACUGCCACAGGACCUUCAACUACAACAGCACCAAUGGCACUACCGGCCUGCGCAAUCACCAGAGCAAGUGCAACCCUGGGACUCGAAAGAGGCCAAGGCAGCAUGAGAAUACACCCUUGCCAUCUACACAGAAAAGCAUAGCAGCUGUCAGCUCUGACCCAAAACAGAAGAAACUCUCAUUCCUUCUAUCCGGCCAAAACAAAUGCACGGGAACAUCAGAUGAAAUCCCUAUGCGGGAGCUUGCCUUCCCGGACACACAUACUGACAAGAAUGGGAAAAAACAGGAGGUUGAUCAGAACGGGCCUCAUGAGCUACUUGCAGCACCUGAGCUUUCCACUGAUCAACUGAAGAAUCAGAUACAUGGGGAAAAUUUAUGGCCUCUUUACGGCGCACAAUACUACCACUUGGCAGUACGUAGUAUAGAAAAGAUCCAACCGUCCAUUAGAAGGGGACUUUCCUAAUGACUUGAGUUAGAAGAAUCAGAAGGUCGAUCAGAACUGUUCUCCCGAAGAACUUGUCAGGAAAUUGACCAUACACGGGCACCUACCAAGGAUGCUGGAGCAAGAUGGAUUCAGAAAGGUAGUCGCUUGCUUAAAUCCUAUGGUCAAUAUGCCAUCCCACUAUGACUUCAUAGGGAAUAUCUGUGACUUGUUUCAGCAAGAAAAGUUAGGACAAGUUAGCUGCUUUACAUAGUCGGGUUUGCUUGAGUGCUUAUAUGUGGAAUUAUGAUCCACAGUUGGCCUUCUUGUGCUUGAGUGUUCACUACAUCGAUGAUGAAUGGGAGAAACAACAAAAGAUCAUCACAUUUUUUCCCGUGGACCCCUCUUGUGAUGCAAAAGAAUGUAGUAAUGUCAUAUUGGGGGCUAUUAGAGAAUGGGAUCUUCAUGACAAGGUUUUCAGCAUUAUAAUGGAUGAUGCUUUCAUUGAUGAUUCAGUAGCUUCAAAUGUCAAAACCAGUCUACAGAAAUGGAACAAAGCUGCAAAUCUGAACUUGUUUGUAGUACAUUCUGCAACUCAUUUACUUGAUCAGGUUAUCCAGGUGGGACUGGAUGAACUUGACAGAAUCAUGGAGAAAUCAGCAAAGUGCCCCAAGUAUGCAAAGGGUUCCAACCAUGUAGCAGUACGGUAUCCCAACAGCAGACCAUCACCAAAAGACUGGAGAACGGCAAAUAAGAUUUGUGAGAUUUUGAGAGAUUUUCAUGAACACAUUGACUUGAUGCCAAACCUUCCUAGUCCAGCAGAUCUCUUUGACACGCUGAAAAAAGUUUAUUGGAAGGCUGAUUUCGAGAGUCGAUAUGAGAGUGAUGAAGCGUUUUCCAAAGUGCUGGAGAACAUAAAACAGAAGUUUAAGGAACGCUGGAAAGUUUGUUUCUUGCAUUUCUGUAUGCCUAUGAUCAUGGAUCCUAAAUACAGUUUGAAAUGCAUCAAGCUCUUCAUUCAAAGCAAUGAAAAGGAUGACUAUAUGCAUGAAGUGCGUGAUACAUUUGCCAACCUCUUCAAUGAAUAUUUAGGUCAGGUGGAUGAUCCUAACUGCACUUCCGGGUCAGAAUCUAGCAAGGGGACUGUUGAGGAUGUAGAUACUUUGUUGAGGUAUUAUCAUGACUCUAAGCAACAAUCUUGUGAGUGACCAAUGACUGAACUUGGCCAGUACCUGCAAGAAACCUGUCCUGCUUCAGGCAAGCCCAGUGUUCUCCAGUGGUGGAAGGAACAUAGCCUAACCUAUCCGAAGAUUGCUCAGAUGGCACGUGAUAUUCUGGCACUACCAUGUAAUACUGCCUGCAAGGUAGCAACAAGAACCACGGGACUAGCAAUGUGUGAGUCAGUUGACAAGAGCCAUAUUGAAAUGCUCGUAUGUACUCAAGAUUGACUUACACCAGCUGGUAUGACCUACCCUCUUUUAUAUCCUAUUUCUGCAUGGUCCCAUUCUUGUGCUAACUGAUGUUAUAACUUUACAAGCAUGAGAAGUGUGGUUCCGACCGAUGAUAUUUAGAAAGACUACUUCAUCCUUCCUAUUGUUCAGUGGAAGCUAGCAAGCUGCUGUCCUCAUUUACUGGUUAUAAUCGUUGAAUCGGUGCUACUAGCAGUGGCUCAUUUUGUUGCCUCUUUGAUACAGGAUUCAACUAUGAGAAAUUACAUAGCGCUGUGUCGAACUUGAAGCAAUCUUUUGUGUUACUUUUAAUUACUGAUGGAGCUGUGUUGUAGUUUUUGUACGUAUCGGUAGUGUGGAGCCUGUCAGUAGUUCUUGCUAUUGUGAAAUAGAA